AUGGGGAUAUCUGGUCUCUUGCCGUUGCUGAAGUCAAUCCAGCUUCACCGACACCUCUCAGACUUCGCUGGUCAAACACUUGCGGUGGAUGCUUAUGUCUGGCUUCACCGAGGCGUAUACGCCUGUGCCACUGAGAUAGCCACAGGAAAACCCACCACAAAGUAUGUUGAUUAUGCUAUGCAGCGUGUUCGCUUACUCCGUCAUCACAAAAUUCGCCCGUAUAUUGUGUUCGACGGUGGACCACUCCCGGCCAAGAUGGGCACUGAGACUGAGCGCAAGCAGCGGAGGGAAGAAAACCUUGCAAAGGCAAAGACGCUGGCAUCCCAGGGAAGACACAAAGAAGCCCGGGAAUACUUUGUUAAAUGUGUCGACGUAACCCCUCAGAUGGCGUACCAACUCAUAAAAGCCCUGCGCGCAGAAAAUGUGCCAUACGUGGUUGCACCGUAUGAGGCCGACGCUCAAAUGGCGUAUUUGGAGCGCAUCGGUCUUGUGGAUGGCAUCAUCACCGAAGACUCAGAUCUGCUUGUCUUCGGAUGUCGAAAGGUGCUCUUCAAGCUGGACUCUAUUUCAAGUACUAUCGUUUCAAUCUCGAAGGACGACUUUGGAUCCGUAACUGCUGCUGAAGGGGGCAUAUCACUUCUUGGAUGGUCGGACGCUCAGUUCAGGGCUAUGGCCAUCCUUAGUGGAUGUGAUUAUCUGCCGAGCAUUCCAGGAGUCGGGCUGAAGACUGCGUGGUCAUUGCUACGAAAAUAUAGGAGCGUAGAGCAGGUCGUGCGGGCUAUAAGGACUUGA